AUGAGUUCGCAGAAAGCAACGAUGAGGUAUAUGAUGCAGAAAGGCGUUGAUGGACAUGUGUCCAACCUCAUCCCGAUAAUUGUCGACACAGGGGGCAGCCCUAGAUUACCUGCUUCAAGCGGUAGGACUCCAGCUGCAGUAGACCUCCAAGACUUGGAACUUGCCCGCCGAGUAGUGAUGUUCUCCUCGCCUCCGAUCAAUCCAACUCGAACGACUCUCAGAGGGAAUGAGCGACCCCUAGGUGUUUUCACAGGUCCACCUUCAUAUGAUGACCCAAAACAAGCUUCUGCAUUAACAGGAUCAGGACAAUGGCUUGAGAGUCAAUGUUCAAGGGAAAGAUAUCGUACUGACGUAACUUUGGUUGCAACUAAACCUAUCAACUUAACAUGCGUCGAUCUCGCCACCGGAUCGCCGAGAAAAUCAUUGAAGGCAUUCGCUGUCACUAUUGUUAAUCCAUGA